AAAGAAUGUGAAACUGAAAAUUGAUAUAACUUAAUUAUUAACUUAUGUAAAGUUGUGAUUCUUAAAUUUAACUUAUGCUUUGAACCUAGACCUGUACGGCUUUAAAAUGUGUCACUAGAGUUUAAGGCUACUUGUUUUCCUUGUUACUUAUCUCUCCUGUGUUUUGUCGAUGCGAUAUUAUAACAAACAUUUUGUGUCUUUAUUUUCCAUAUUGUGCUCUGGCUCUUUAGGUAUGAUUGGGAAAAUACUUGUAAUUUUGUUGAUUGGUUUCUUGGCAUUUGCUUAUCAAGCAAUUAAGCCACCUCCUCCGAAAAUUUGUGGUUUCCCCGGAGGCCCUCUCAUCACUGCACCACGAAUAAAACUCUCCGAUGGAAGACAUUUGGCGUAUAAGGAGCAAGGUGUUCCGAAAGAUGAAGCAAAGUACAAAAUUGUGUUCAUCCAUGGAUUUGAUUGUUGCAGACAUGAUGUUGUUAUUGCAAGCACACUUUCUCAUGAUGUUAUAGAGAGUUUGGGAAUAUACAUUGUUUCGUUUGAUCGUCCUGGUUAUGGGGAAAGCGAUCCUCAUCCACAACGAACGCCUAAGAGCUUGGCUCUCGAUGUUGAGGAGCUAGCUGAUCAAUUGAAGUUGGGAUCCAAAUUCUAUGUAACAGGAUUUUCCAUGGGUGGACAAGCAGUUUGGGGCUGUCUUAAAUAUAUUCCUCAUAGAUUGGCGGGAGCAGGGCUUGUAGCGCCUGUGGCUGGCAUAUGGUGGCCGGGUUUUCCUGCAAAUUUGACAGGAAAACCAUACUACGAUAUGCCAGCCCCGGAUCUAUGGACAGUUCGAGUUGCUCACUAUCUUCCUUGGCUGACUUAUUGGUGGAACACACAGAAGUUUUUCCCUUCUUCUAGCGUUGCAGCUCACAGCCCCGAUAUCUUUUCAACUCAGGACAAACGAUUAGCCCCGAGGUUUGAUGCCUCUCAAGAACCAUAUCGGGCACAAAUUAGACAACAAGGGGAGUUCGAGUCCAUCCAUCGCGAUAUGAUAAUUGGAAUAAAGACAUGGGAAUUCGACCCUAUGGAUCUAGAAGAUCCGUUCCCUAACAACGAAGGCUCUGUUCACAUAUGGCAAGGGGACGAAGAUGGUCUUGUACCAGUCGUUCUGCAACGAUAUGUUGCAGAACGACUACCUUGGGUUCGAUAUCACGAACUUAAAGGUAGUGGUCACAUGUUUCCUUAUGUAGAUGGAAUGGGAGAUAAGAUUAUGAAGACAUUCUUACUUGGAGAGACCUUCGUUCUGUAAAUGUCUAUGCUAUGCUGCUCGAACUUUUCAAAAAAAAAUUAUCUUUGAACAUGUAUCGGAUCAUCCAAAAUGUAUGUAUUUUUGGAAAAUAUGACACAAAUACGACAGUAUUCUUUUAAGGGUUGGAGCAACAUAGAUUAAAGUUCUUGUAACAAAUGCUCUUGUUGCAAGUUAUAUAUAUGUACUCUAUUUGAAAUUAAUUCUUUUUUGUUCUA